AGCGCGAACCCUGGUGGUGCUCGGCAGUCCUUUCGUGGGCGCGGGCGGUGUGCACAGAAACACCUCUCGAGCUGUGUCUGCAACAGAAUAACCGGGAGUGUUAUGGCUACCUGCCUGCUAACUGCAUCAUAACGAGGUCUUAACAGCCAGCUGUUGUAUCCGUGCAGAAUGCUGGCUGCGUGGGGUUUGGCAGUGGCAGAAAUACACUACUGCGUGUAUUGGCUGUUCGGAUGCUGUUUUUGUUAAGCUGAAGACCUGUGAAAAGCAAUGCUAUUUCUUGUCUGACACAUCUCUUCACUAAAAUGGCUUAAAAGUGUAGCUGAAAAGUGAUUCAGUCAUUUGCUUUAAGUCCACUUUUUUUUUUUUCUUUCUUUUUUUUUUUUUUUCUUCUCCUAGUAAAGCGUAGUUUUAGUUUUGUAAUAGCUGCUUUAGGCAGUAGCUCUUCAGCCAAGUGCAGAAGACUUCAGGAAAGUUUUAGAUGCCAAACCACAGGUGAAGCCACAAUAGGCAGAGCCUAUUGAUUGCUGCACCCUUGCUUUUGCUACCACACAUGGAAUGUACAGCAUAUGUAGCAAUGAAGGUGGUGAGGGGUCUGGAGCACAGGCCUUGUAAGAUGUGGUUGAGGGAGCUGGGAUUCUUCAGUUUGGAGAAGAGGGGGCUCAGGGGUGACCUUACUGCUCUCUACAUUUACCUGAAGGGAGGUUGUAGUGAGCUGGGGGUCAGCCUCUUCUGUAUAACUGGCAAUAGUACUAGAGGGAAUGGCCUCAAGUUGUGCUAGGGAAGAUUCUGGCUGGCUGGAAGCUGCAUGUUAGGAAAAAGGUCUCCUCUGAAAGAGAGGUUAAGCACUGGAAUGGUCAGCUCAGGGAGGCAGUGGAGUCAUCGACCCUGGAGGUGUUCAAGGAAUGUUUAGGUGUGUGUUGAGAGACAUGGUUUAUUGGGAGCUAUUGAUGAUGGGUGGAUGGUUGGACUGGAAGAUCUUGUUGGUCUUUUCCAACCAUGGUGAUUCUGCAAGUGUAAGUUUCUACUUCCUGUUCCUAUUUACAGUACUUAGAAAAUACUCUUCAGGAAGUGGUGCUUUUCCUCCCCUAAAUACGUACUUUAUAGAACAUACCCUUGCUCAGUUUGUGUGAGUUCUAUAAAUUGUACUUCAAAGUAACCAUGCCAAGAAACAUUAAUCCAUGUAAACAUUUGUUGGAACAUUUGUGGAGAAAAGUUUUGGGGAGGUGAGAUUUUGCAAGUCUUAGUUUCCAUACUGAAGUAGAAGGAUUUUUUUUGUGUGUGUAUGUGAAUCUUGCAUUCAAGCAAGUCUGUUACUUCAAUUCUGUUUUGUGUGAAGAUUUUUCUGUUUUUGGAAAUGACAUUCUGCCUUCCUGUUUUAGGUUAUGGGCUCAUUAUUCUGCAGAUGUCAAGUCGGAGUUCAUACUGAAGAAGCAACAGAAAAGAAGUUCCAGAGCUGGAUGAUGAAAAAUUUCCUGGUUUCUAUGCUUGUCUUGAGAAUGGAUCUUUCUUUUGCAUAGUUUCAAAUUCGUGAAACUUGUCAUCAAAGGAUCAUCUUUUCUUCUUGGAUGGAUUGAUUAUUACUUGUUUGUGUUCAAUGGGACUUCGAAUUCACUUUGUGGUUGACCCUCAGGGUUGGUGCUGCAUGGGCCUGAUAAUCUUUGUUUGGCUGUACAAUACAAUCUUCAUUCCAAAAGUCAUCCUUUUUCCUCACUAUGAAGAGGGGCAUAUUUCAGCUGUGGCAAUUUUGUGUUAUUACCUCUGCUCAUUGUUUUGUAUAGCUUCUUUAGUAAGAGCCUCAGUUGCUGAUCCAGGAAGGCUACCUGAAAACCCAAAGAUUCCAAUUACAGAAAGAGAAUUUUGGGAAUUAUGUAACAAAUGCAAUAUGAUGAGACCAAAGCGUUCACACCAUUGUAGUCGUUGUGGACAUUGUGUGAGGAGGAUGGAUCACCACUGUCCAUGGAUUAAUAAUUGUGUUGGUGAAGACAAUCAUUGGCUGUUUUUACAGCUGUGUUUCUACACUCAAAUUCUUAGUUCCUAUACGCUGCUACUUGAUUUCUGCCAUUACUACUACUUUUUGCCUCUGAAAAAAGAUAACUGGGACGUUUUUGUAUUUAGACAUGAACUUGCUCUUCUAAGAAUAUCUGCCUUCAUGGGUAUAAUAAUAUUAGGUGGAAUAAGUGGACUCUUUUACACUCAGCUAAUUGGUAUUUUCACUGACACAACAAGCAUAGAAAAAAUGUCGAACUGUUGUGAAGAUGUAUCGAGGCCCCGAAAGCCAUGGCAGCAGACCUUCUCAGAAGUUUUUGGCACUCGCUGGAAGAUCCUGUGGUUUAUUCCUUUCAGACAGAGGCAACCACUGCGAGUUCCCUACCACUUUGCCAAUCACGUCUAAACAGAUGGAUGGUGGGCACAGAUGGGGCCUCCAUGCUGGAAGUGUGUUACAGGUUUUGUGAUGAUAGGACUAUGACAGUCUUCAACUCAAUUAAAAACCCACCAAUUGUAGACAUCACAGUGUGUCCCAAGCUUUAUUUUAAUUGUGGUCUUGAUUCUGGUCUGAAAUUAAUACAUUUUGUAUGUUUACAUUUAGAUAUAUUCACUUUCGAAUUAGCUUUCCAAAAAGAUUUCGUUUGUCUUUGAAGUUAGUAGUAAAAACAAAAAACCAAAUGACUGGAAUGCAGUCUUACACUAUUUGUUUGAUAAUAAUGACUCUCUUUUCUUUUUUUUCCUCUGGUAGGAAACACUGAAGUUUACAUUGAUUGUUAGCUUUCCCACUAAGUGUCUUAAUAUUAUUUUUUUUUUACUGUUUCUACCUGUAGGUCUUCUAGAUAAUAUUGAGGUCUCUGGUUCUGCUGCAUGUAUUUAAAAUUCUCCUAUACUGCCAUUUAUUUGUGAUGAUUGACGUGAUUUUAACCAUGCAGCACAGCACUAUAAAAGGUAGCAUUUAAAACAAGCAGACGUUUUCCUAAACUUUUGUCUGAGAAGUUAUAUAAAUACAUGUAUAUGUUUAUAUAGAGAGAUCUUACAGUCAUCCUUCUGAAUAGAUAUAGACUCAGUGGAAAAUACUAAUGUAUUUAUGUCAGCAAAAGCUAUGAAAAGCCACAGGGUAAAAUAUGCAGAUGCAAAGCAUGUUUUCCCUAACACCCCAAGGACUUCUUUGCAAUAAUUCAACAACAACAACAAAAAUUGUAUGGUACAUACACAAGAAUGAUUAGUUUUUAAUAAUACAUAUUUAAUUUGUCAGCAUAAUGUACCAUAAGAAAUAGUAUAUUAAAUAGUAUAUAUAAACAUUUUACAUUUUCUCUUCCUUAGUCAGUUAGCUGGAAUUGAUUUAGGUGUUUAUAAAUGGGAAGUAUUUGUGAAAAUAUUUAAAAAUAUUUAUAUAGAGAUACAGAUAUUUGCUACUAAGAGGGAUGGCAUACUAUACUGAUUACAAUAGCUUGUUUUGGGCCCUUUAUUUAUGGAAAUAAUUAACCAAAGAAAGCAUCAUUUUCGUUGUGGUGGAAUGACAAUGAUUCCCAAAACUGGCUUAACUUUUCUGAAUCUGGAAAAAAAUAUGUAAUUUAUGAUAGCCUUGUAUAUCUGUACAAAUGCUAGCAUUUGUAGUAGUGGUAGUUUUUAGAGGUAGUAGUGGUGAUUUUUGAAAGUUCUGUGAAUUUUCAGGGGAGAUUCUCAGCUGCAAAGCCUAUAGUGUUUGUUGUCUAGUCUAACAGGACCAAGAUCCACCUUAAAUUAAUCAGAGAUCAGUCACCUUAGGGUUGUGAUUAAUGGUUCUGUGUCAGGAUAGAGGCUGAUCACAAGUGGUGUCUCUCAGGGGUUGGUCUUGGGACCGGUGCUCUUUUACAUCUUUAUCAAUGACAUCGAUGAUAGCAUUGAGUGCACCUCAGAAAGUUUUUGGAUGACACCAAGCUGAGCAGUGUGGUUGAUACAGUGGAUGGAAGGGUAUCCAUCCAGAGGUACCUGGACAGGCUGGAGAAGUGGGACCUAAUGAGGUUUGACAAGGCCAACUGCAUGGUGCUGCAUUUGGUUUGGGGCAAUCCCAGGAAUUUAUACGAAGGAAGAUCUCCUUGAGAGCAGCCAUGUGGAGGACUUGGGGGUCGUGGUGGAUGAGAAGCUGUACAUGAGCCAGCAGCGUGUACUUGCAGCCCGGAAGGCUGACUGUGUUUUGGGCUGCAUGAAAAAAAAGGGGUGGCCAGCAGGGAGAGGGAGGUGAUUGUCCCCCUCUACUCAGCUCUUGUGAGGCCCCAUCUGGAGUAUUGUGUCCAUUUUUAAAAAGCACAAGAAAGAUGCAGAGCUCUUGGAGCAGGUCCAGAGGAGGGCCACUAAGAUGGUCAGAGGGUUGGAGCACCUCUCCUACGAAGAAAGGUUGAGGGAACUGGGCUUGUUUAGCUUGCAGAAGAGAAGGCUCCAGGGAGACCUCACUGUGUUCUUCCAGUACUUGAAGGGAGCGUAUGAACAACUGUUGUGGAUAGCGAUAGGACAAGCAGGAAUGGUCUUAAACUGUCACGGGGGAGGUUUAGGUUAGAUAUUAGGAGGAUGUUUUUCACUCAGAGGGUGGUGAAGCACUGGAACAGGUUGCCCAAGGAGGCUGUGGAUGCCCCAUCCUGGGAGGCAUUCAAGGCCAGGCUGGAUGUGGCUCUGGGCAGCCUGGUCUGGUGGUUGGUGACCCUGCACAUAGCAGGGGGGUUGAAACUAGGUGAUCAUUGUGGUCCUUUUCAACCCAGGCCAUUCUAUGAUUCUGUGAUUCUAUGAUUAAAUGACAGCCAAGUGAUGGUAAUUUUUAAAGGCACAGACAGAGUGUACAGCAAGUAAUCUGAGUUUGCAGCAAAUCAGUUAAUUUGCAAACAGUUCAUUGAGGGUGAAGGGCUAAAUUUGUCAUGAAUGCUAUUCAUAAUGAAUUUUUAGAUUUGCUCCUUAAAAUGUUAAUGCGGUCACUGCUUAUGGUGGAUGUUCCUUUACUGAACUAACAGGUUUGAUCACUGAAAAUGCUAAAAGAAUCAUCUUAAAAUAACUUGAAUUUUAACCUUUUUCUGAGCUUUUAACGUUUGAACUGACUUCCCUUCUCUCUUUAAAAAUAAAUACAAUACUUUGUUCUUUUAAAUUUUGAGCCUAAUAUUCAACUGUUCUCUGUUGGUGCAUUUAUAGAUGUGACUUCAGAAUUUAAGAUCAUAAUUGGCAGCAGUCCAUAAACAAAGAUGAGCUUGAGGAAAGUGGAUGAGAAGGCUAGACUAGCACUUGAAAUUAAAAAUAAUAUGUGUAUUUAUUAUAAAGUAAUGCCUGUAUUCACUUGUCUUUGGAAGGACUUCAAUUGCUAUAGUCUCUGUAAAACACUUAAGAGAAUAAUAGAGGUUGGUUUUGGUUUAUGUGCCAAUUUUUAGAUGAGAAAAACUCUGUUUUUGUUUUUAAAAAUCUUUCAUGCUAAUCAGUUUUCAUAGCAGGUUGUUACACUUUGAUGCUUGUUAGGAGAGAGGAUCAAGAAUAUAAUUAUUUGUGAUACAUUUGUGAUGGGGGAUAUAUUUCAUUCCUUCUGUUUUUUGAUAUCACUUGGUUAACUGUACAAUUCUAUAACCAAUAGAUAUAUAACCAAUAGAAUAGAUUAUACGUAUAGAGAACCAGUUCUAUAAAUACAGAAUCCUCUCAACUCUGUGAACAUCAGUUAAAAUUUUUUUACGUGAUAUAUACAAUGAAAUGAUGACACCAGUGAAUGUUACCUGUUCUGUGGGGAUAAAAUUUCAACUCUGUUCCAGUAUUUUCAAAAAGGAGGAAAUAUGAAACAGAAAAAAAUCUGUCCUGAUAAGGCACAGACUGGGGAUAGUCAUGCUCUGUGUGCAUAACAGGGCAUGCAUAUAAACAUCCUUGCACUUUUUCUCAUGCUUUACAGUUAAUGCUGAUUAAUUUUUAGGCUUGAGACAUUACUAUGUGUUUGGUCUCUGAGAUUGUGUAGUUGUUUUCAGACUGUAGUCUGCCUAGCUAAUGCUCCAGUGUGAAGUAGAGCCUUUCCUCUCUUAUUCUCGAAGUGCCCUCUUUUGGCCAUAUUAAGCAACGACGGUUGACUCUUGGCCUGAAGCAAGAAUGGUGUGCAGCUGUUAUUCUUCUUUAGUGCACACUGGUUAUCUGGAGCAAUAAUUGCAUGAUGUGGGUGUGUGUCUGUGCUAGUGGAAAGACAAACGUUGCAAGACAAAACUGCAUCUUAAAUGGACACAGUCUUGGGCCCACAUCAAAUGUUUUGUAGCACGUGCAAGUUUUCUAGAAAAUGUUUAGAUCGGUUGACGUUUCUUUUGAACAAUAAAUAAUAAAUAAAAAUUGCAUUCUAAAGCACUUAAUCACAUUAUUCUACUUGGAUUUAAUCUAAAGUGAGUGAAUGUGAAGGGAAAAUUCAUAAAACAGUGGAAGUGAAGAUGGUACCAAAUGCUUUGAUUUUUAGCAAAGCUCACUGAACUGAGUGAAGUUGAAAAGAGCAACUAUUUGCAGUUUAAGUACACAUGCCAUCAUUAUACAAGUCUUUUAAUGUUCAUUUUACAGUUGUCCAGUUUUAUUCAACAGAUUAUACUUUCUAUAAACAAUGAAAACAUUUUCUUUUAUUCCAUCAGGCCACUCUACACCAGUAUAAGGGGACAAAGAUAAGAUUUCAGUAGUACUAUAAAAGAGAAUCUUUUUCAUCUUCACAUUCAGAUGAAACAAGUGAUAAUAAGGUGGGUUUCUGGUAACCUGAAAUUCUAAUUAACAUAAAACACCUUUUGUGGCACAUUAUAUACUGUAUUUUGCCAGCCUUCCUACCAGCAGGACAUCACUUGUAGCGGAGUGCCACUGUCUCUUGUAUUUGAAAUUGCUGACACUUUGACGUAUUGUUUGACUUCAUCAUCUCCAAUCUUUGUCUUCACAAUGGACUUAAUUUUGAUGCUGCUAAAAAUAAGAAGGAGAUGUAACCUUAUUGGAAUAAUAUUAUCACAAAGAGAAAACGUAGUACUGUUAAUGGACUCUUCUCAAUUUCCCAACUGGACAUAGCAUUACUUUCCUUAAAAGUGUUUUGUUUGCUGCAGUCCUGAUUUUUUUGGACAAAAGAUGUUGCUUAAUCAAUAGAUAUUCCAGUCAACGGUACUUAAUAGUACUUCUAGUAGUAGUACUAGAAUAAAAACUAAAUGUACUUCCAUGGUAUCUGCCUCCGAAGACUAAGUUGUAUAAAAUUAGUACCACCUUCAAUAUUAAUUCUCAUUCAGUAUUAGCUCUACAGUUUUUAUAUGUAUGCAAGAAUAAUAAAUUGAUUUUUUA